AUGCACAGCAAAGGCAAGCUUGCAGAUGAGGCCAUCUCGGUCAUCCAACGUGCCACAGAUGGCUUCGACGAGAAGUACGGAUCCGGCUCCAUGGGCUGUGCGGUCUAUGACACGGCCUGGGUCUCCCUGGUUACAAAAGUCGUCGGCGACAAGAAGCAGUGGUUAUUCCCUGAAUGCUUCAGUUAUCUCCUCGACACGCAGUCGGACGACGGCAGCUGGGGAUGCAACCCGCGUUCCCAGAUAGACGGCAUCCUGAACACAGGCGCUGCGCUUCUGGCCCUCAUCCGGCACCUGUCAGACCCUAUGCAAAGCCACGACACGUCUGCGGCAAAAGAGGGCCUCAGAGGGCGUAUCCACAACGCAACCCGUUCUUUGCGUUCUCAAAUGCUGGCCUGGGACGUGGCAGCGACAAGACAUGUCGGCUAUGAAAUCAUUGUGCCCGCGCUCCUGCGCUAUCUUCAACAAGAGGACGACACCCUGGUGUUUGACUUCCCGGGCAAGGCAGCUCUCAAGGCACUGACAGAUGCCAAGUUGGCACAAUUCAAACCCGAGUAUCUCUAUACUCCGAAGAAAUCCACCGUGCUGCAUUCCCUGGAGGUGCUCAUAGGCAUGGUCGACUUUGACAAGCUCUCCCACCACAAGACCAAUGGCUCCAUGAUGGCGUCGCCCUCGUCGACAGCAGCCUAUCUGAUGAAUGUGUCACAGUGGCACCAGGACGCCGAAGACUAUCUGAGACAUGUCAUUGCAUCCUGCCCUGGCCUUGGAAGUGGUGGCGUGCCGAGUGCAUACCCCUCGAUGCAUUUCGAGUACACAUGGAUCCUGUCCACUCUCCUACGGACCGGCUUCGCAGUUUCGGAUCUGGAAUGCACGGGGCUGCGCAAAAUGGAGCAGGUUGUGAUUCAUGGCCUGGACAACGGCAGCGGGGUGAUGGGGUUCGCUCCUCUUCUUCAGGCUGAUGUUGACGAUAGUGCCAAGGCCAUUCUGUCGAUGAACCUCCUGGAGCAUCCAGUCGGUCCGGAAAAGAUGCUGGAGACGUUCGAGGCCGAGGGUCAUUUCCGCACGUACAACAAGGAGCGCGACCCAAGCUUUAGUGCUAAUUGCAACGUCCUCGCCGCGCUUUUGUGUCAAUCAGACCCGGCCCAGUACUCCUUGCAAAUAUUGAAGGUGGUGAAAUUCCUUUGCACCCACUGGUGGAAUUCAGAUGGUAAAAUCACAGACAAAUGGAAUCUGAGCCACCUAUAUCCAAAUCUCCUCCUGGUCGAAGGCUUAACGGACCUGAUGGCCUUGCUCGACCGUGGUAGCUUGGCAGGACUCUUCGACCAGCAACUACGGUCCGAGAUCCUCAUCUCAUCGUUCCAAGCUUGCCUUCGGACAAUGCUGGAUCAAAGUGCCAAUGGUUCCUGGGCUGACUCGAUUGAAGAGACUGCUUAUGGCAUCCUCAUACUCUCCGAAGCACGCAAACUAGCAACGUUUGCCAGUCUGAGACAGACAAUAGAAUCGGCCAUCCAGCGUGGAGCUGCGUGGAUCCGCGCACGGCCAAUCUCGACACAGGUGCCCAUUUGGAUCGAAAAGGUCAGCUACACAUCUACUAUCCUGACAGACUGCUAUGUCGUUGCAGCUCUCAAGGCAUCCGAGGCCGCGGGAGAGACAUUGGUGGGUACCAGUCUUUUCAGUAGGGAUGGAAGAUGGCCCUCCAGCGGGCGGAAGCAUAUAGAGCUGUUGAAGCAGACUCCUCUGUUCUCUGAUACCCCACAGUGGCAGCUGGAGGCGUCGAUGGUUGAGUCGGUGCUCUUCCAGCCCCUGUUGCGCGCCCGCAGGCUCGACAUCUUCCCCAGGAAGGAUAUGGCGGACGACAAGUACUUCGACAUUAUCCCGCUCACGUGGACGAGCUGUAACAAUCGGCGUGGCACAUUUGCUUCCACGUCGCUCAUCUACGAGAUGAUGAUCAUUUCUUUUCUGAACUAUCAAGCCGAUGAAUUCAUGGAGGCCAGUGCCGGGGCUGUCUUCCGUGGCCGGACGGAUGCCCUCCAUCAGAUGAUCGACGCCGUGUUCUCCACAGGGCAAGAUGGUCUCGACGGCUCCAACGGGAAUGGCCACGAGGAGAACGAUUCUGGCUAUGAGGCUACGUUGACCACGCUAUCACGGUUUGUGGCUCACGUCUCCAACCACCCUGCCGUGCAGGCGGCCAGCCCCUGGGACCGCGAGUCCGUCAGGCGCGAGCUGCGAACAUUCCUGCAGGCGCACGUGGCCCAGAAUCAAGACAACACCUGCUUCCAGAAACUGCUGCACCACCCAAGCCCGAGCGGAGGAGCGGUCCAGGCGUACGAGUCGGCAACCGACACGUUCUUCCACUGGGUGCGCACGACGUCGGCCGACCACACCUCGUGCCCCUACUCCUUCUCCUUCGUCUCCUGCCUCCUCAGCGCGUUCCUGGUCGACGGCCGCGAGUGCUUCCCGUCGGUGCAGGAGAAGUACCUGGCCGCGGCCACCUGCCGCCACCUCGCCACCAUGUGCCGCAUGUACAACGACUACGGGUCCGUCGUGCGCGACGCGGCCGAGGGCAACGUGAACUCGAUCAACUUCCCGGAGUACCACCAGCCCGCCAGCGGCGGCGGCGGCGGCGCGAACGUCGACGAGCAGAGAAGGGCCCUGUUCGACCUGGCUCAGUAUGAACGCGCGUGCCUCGACAACGCCCUUCGCAGGCUGCAGGAUGUACCGCGGAGCACUGGCGACAUGGCUGUGGACAGGGUCAAGGAUCGGCAGAUGGCCAUCUGGAAGAUGUUCUGUGAUGUUACGGACCUCUAUGGUCAGAUCUAUGUCGUCCGAGACAUUGCAAGCCGGAUGAAGGUGCCUGGACCAGGGGCGAAUGGAGAGUCAAGCCUCACAAAUCUUCCAGGCACAGCGGUAGCUACUUGA